GAAAACCAAUCAACGACUGACAACUGUAUUAGCCCUCAAAGCCACGGGGUCGGUCACCUUUUGCAUUUAGGGCUCAUUUUACUCUUUCACCUCGCCACCAAGACCCAGCAGCUCAUUUCACCCCAGCUCACUCUCUCUCUCUCUCUCUACUACAAUUCUAAUGGACGCAGUGGACUAUAGCUCUGAUGAAGAAUCAGAUAUCAGUGAAUCUGAGAUCAGUGACUACAAAGAUAAACCAUACGAGCAGUUACGAAUUGGAAAGUUGAAAGUAAAGGGUCCUAAUGGCACUCUCCGAUGCCCCUUUUGUGCUGGGAAGAAGAAACAAGAUUAUAAGUACAAGGAUCUGCUUCAACAUGCUUCCGGGGUGGCUAAAGGUUCUGCUAACAGAAGCGCUGUCCAAAAGGCCAACCACCUUGCCUUAGCCCUCUAUUUGGAGAAGGAGUUAGCUAGUGAAGCAGAUCAAACCCAGCGUCCGGCUCCUCCCAAACCUGUUGUUAAAGAGGAGAAGCCAGAAGAUCUAUAUGUGUGGCCUUGGACUGGUGUUGUUGCAAAUAUAUUGUUGAGCCAGCCAAAGGAUGGGAAAGAUUUGCUCGACUCUGGGUAUUGGUUGAAAAAGUUCUCCAAGUAUAGACCUGUAGAAGUGCAUACAUUCUUAAAUGAAGAGGAACAAGCGGCAGGGGCUGUCGUAGUUUUUAGUAAAGAUUGGAAUGGCUUCGGGAAUGCUACGGAUUUUGAAAAGAUGUUCAUAUCCGAUAGUCACGGGAAAGAGCAUUGGUUUGCACGAAAGCAACAGCCUGGUUCAAGUAUUUAUGGGUGGUGUGCGCGCUCUGAUGAUUAUGAUUCCCAAGGGCCAGUGGGGGAAUUCCUUCGCAAGAGAGGACAGCUUCGAACGGUAUCGGACAUUGUCCAGGAAGCAGCCCAAAGCAAAAGUAAUGUUGUGGCAAACCUAGCCAAUAAAAUUGAUAUGACAAAUGAAAAUUUGGAUGAACUUCGAUACAAAUACAAUGAGAAUGCCCUGUCUUUAAGUAGGAUGCUAGAAGAAAAAGACAGGCUACAUAAUGCCUUUGUUGAAGAAUCAAGGAGAAUGCAGACGAUGUCACGAGAUAAUGUUCGGAGAAUAUUAGAUGAGCAAGAGAAGUUGAAUUACGAGUUGGAGUUUAAGAAAAAGAAACUUGAUUCCUGGAGAAAAGAAUUAAACAAACGUGAAGCACUAACUGAACGUGAGAGGCAAAAACUUGACGAGGAUAAAAAGAAGAAUGAUGAGAGAAACAAUUCGCUUCAAUUGGCUUCUGCGGAGCAGAAAAAGGCGGAUGAGAGUGUCUUGAGGCUGGUUGAACAACAAAAGAGGGAAAAAGAGGAUGCCUUAAAUAAAAUACUUCAGUUAGAAAAGCAAUUGAAUGCCAAACAGAAGGUAGAAAUGGAAAUUGAAGAACUAAAAGGUAAAUUAGAGGUGAUGAAGCAUCUUGGGGAUCAAGAUGAUGAUGCUGUUCAAAAGAAGAUGAAAGACAUGAAACAAGAAUUGGGGGAAAAAAUUGAAGAGCUUGAGGAUUUGGAAUCUCUGAAUCAAACUCUAAUCGCCAAAGAGCGACAGAGCAAUGAUGAGUUACAAGAAGCUCGUAAAGAAUUAAUACAAGGUUUGACUGAAAUGUUGGCUGGUCGAUCUCAUAUUGGGAUUAAGAGAAUGGGAGAGCUGGAUCAAAAGCCCUUCCUCAACACAUGCAAGUUAAGAUUUCCUCUCGAGGAAGCAGGGGUUCAGGCCUUAACUCUAUGCUCCUUGUGGCAGGAAAAUCUGAAGGAUCCAGAUUGGCAUCCUUUCAAGGUGAUAGAGAAAGAUGGGAAUCAUGAGGAAAUCAUCAAUGAGGAAGAUGAGAAGCUACAUAAUCUGAAGGAAGAGUGGGGGGUUGAGAUAUAUGAUUGUGUUGUUACAGCUUUAAAAGAGCUUAAUGAGUAUAAUCCAAGUGGGCGGUAUGUUAUUCCUGAGCUCUGGAACGUAAAAGAAGGAAGAAAAGCCACAUUGAAGGAGGUUAUUGCCUUUAUCUUGAAGAAUAUUAAGACACUCAAGCGGAAGAGAACAUGAGCAGCACAGAGCAGACCAGAGAAUUUGGAGCAUAGAUGAUUGUGAAACUGCAACUGUGCAAGUGGAAGGCAGGACAUUGAAGCUGUAUUGCAUGUUUUAAGUUUCCAUAUGUGAAUCUUAUGCUAAUGAAAAUAGCUUAUUAAGUUGGAAGACUGUACUUUGUUUAAUAUUGAACCUAAACAAGUUUUAUGGGGAGAUUCUGUGACUGCAGUUUUACUCUGUA